AUGUAUACCCCCCUGGCCGUGUUUCCCGGGCAAUCCCCGUUUGAUGACAACCCAAACGUCUGCCAAGCUCCCUGGUACGUCCCCGAGCAUUCCAAAAAUCUCAUCCCUCCGAUCGUAACCCCUCCCCCAGUCACCGAUCAUCUGCAUUCUCCCAAAACGGUCCGAGAAAUGCUCUAUUGGCUGGUCGGCGUUGUCGAAUUAGGGUACAUUGGUUUUAUUCGGAAGCAUGUUGAUGUAGUUUUGGAUGAUGUUAAUACGGACUCCUUCCUGCCUACUAAUGUGCUCUUAGUCACCAGGAAUCUUACAACCGUCACCUCACACGAGAUCUCCCAAACCCUCACCGCGGCGUGUCACUAUGCGGCUAAAGUUCUACACAGGCUUAAACAUAGAGACGUUUCGAACGAGACUUCAAUUCCCGAGUUCAAUGCAGAGUAUCGCAAUUAUUAUUACUCCUCUGACCCCGACGGGCUUCUCUGCCAGCUGCGGGACUACGCCUACGCCUCCCACCACCAGUUGGAGUUCCUGAAGGCGCAGUGUAAUAGGGAUAAAUCGCUUGGUGGUUGGCAAAGUCAUGAGUAUGGCAGUGGUAUCAAGGAGCAAUCUCCACUCCAGGCGUUCCUGACCGACAGCUGGGACUCCACCUUCCACACCCACUUUUUCGACCCAUGUAACAUCUGCCUCAAGAGCCGCAUCAAGAUGGGAUUUAGAGACAAGGAUUUGCCUAAGACAUCGCAACAGGGCAGUGUCAUUUCUGCCAUCCUCACUCCCAGCUGCGGCGGUGAGGACCCCUUGAUGACGUUGUCCUCCUACCUCAACUGCCUCACCAGGCGGACGCCGCGCACCACUGGGGAACUCGUCUCGUUCUUCCAGCAUUUCGGGAGUGAGAUGCUCAAUGGUAGUGAUCAGACGUUGACUAACCUAGGAAAGGCCAUCACCGAGCCUCCAGCGCUCUACCCCAAUUGGGAUCAUUUCGAGGCUCACGACCUACGAGCGGUGCGGGAUAUACGGCGUCCCGAGUCUCCUGUCUCCAAACACGACAAUGACCACGCCGGGACGCUGUCGACACUGCUGGGCUGCGACAGUGUUACUUCCAACGGUCCUAAACUUCUGUCGCCAAUCACCUACCGGGCAUAUGCCCUGUACUCCCCGGCCUUCGCCCAGACAUACCUCAGCUGGACGGUCUACCUGGCCGAUGUACUCCGAGACUCACUGGAUCGGCUGCGAUAUGAUUUCAAGACGCAUACAUGUUCCGGGAAUAAAUCAUUCAACCAGUGUGACAUGGCUAUGCCCCUCCUCUACCUACACGGGCUCACGCCACCGGAGGGCAUAUCGCAGUCAUCACUCGCGUGUUCGGAGCUCAUCACCAAGCUGGAGGAAGUGGUAAACGGUGGACCUAUCGCGAAGCUCAUCACGUGCAUGGAUGAGUUCCUCUACAGGGUACGUGGGCCAUUCAUCUACACGGUUAUCGCACUGUGGUCCACCGCAUUCCUCAUCUUCGCCAAAACGAUGAUCUACCGCUUGGACGUGCUCCACAUCCGCUCACACCUUAUCCGCUCCACGGCUUCACACCGCAUCGACGUCAAGGCCUUACUCACGAAAGGACGCAAGAUGCUCUCACUGUACGGCGUCGACUACUUCGACGAUGACCCGAUGCUCUCAUAG